AUGUCUAGUGAUGUUCUAGACUUCAUAAAACCAGCAACUUACGGAGAUGCGGCUACGCUGUUAUUUAUUGCCCCUGACCCUUACCAGCACAUCUGGUAUGAGAGGCCGCAAGCCGACGACGCUAAGGGCAGUACAUCGAGGACGACAAGAAACAUCGCCGAGAGAUUAGGUGAACUGAAUAGAGAAGUGGUUAUCUUCUGGAGUUCACAGUCAGGAACAGCGGAGGGCUUCGCAAACCGCUUAGCGCGGGAACUCCACCAAAGGUUUCGUCUCGAGGCCCUGUCAGCGGAUCUCUCAGAUUUCGAUCCUGAGACCAUAGCGCAGAUAGCAAAGGACAAGACGACUCAGUUCUUUCUAUUGCGUGAAACCUCGCUCUCAACCCUUCGUUAUGCCGUUUUUUAUCUCGGCAACAGCGACUACAAGUACUACAAUCGCGUGGCAGAUGUGAUCGACCAAGCCCUGCGGGAGACCGGAGCCGAGCAGCUCCUACCUAUGUACACGGCUGACGAUGCGCACGGCACCACUGAGGAAGACUUCGUCGCUUGGCAAGAUCAACUCUUAGUGUUUUUAGGAAAGCAUCUUGGGCUCGAGGCCCGCGGACUUGAGUACGAACCAGUUUUCAAAGUGGUCGAGGACGAAUCAUUCGAACCUCAAGACCUAAAUAUGGGCAAGUAUGUUGAAUCAAGACACGACCUUGGCAAAUCCGCGGCCGGCAACAGCCCCAUCCGACCGCUGAAGGUGAAGGCAACCCGAGAACUAUUCACCAACUCAACCCGUGAUUGCUUGCAUUUUGACGUCGAAAUCACAAACCAGCCUAAAAUGGAUUAUAAGACGGGCGACCACAUGGCCGUCUGGCCCAUGAACCCCAAGGACGAGGUGAAGCGCUUCCUUCUCGUAUUGGGGUUGUCUGCACGUCGACAUGUGCCGAUCAGUAUAUUGUCCCUCGACAAAGGCAGAAAGGUUCAGGUACCAUCGCCGACUACCAUCGAGACACUUUUCACACACUACCUCAAAAUUAGCGCCCGUGCGGCGAAAUCAUUUCUGCUUGAAGUGAGCAAAAACCGUGACAUUUUCGCACAAUUCAUCGCAUCGGCCCAUAUCAACCUUGGAAGACUACUGGAAGUGGCUUUGGCCCAGGGAGACUCGGCCGCCUGCUCGUCAGUUCCGAUAUCAUUCUUGAUUGAGGUCAUCCCACGAAUGCAGCCCAGACUCUAUUCCAUCUCAUCGUCUAGCAUCGUUGCCCCACGCGCACCUUCGAUCACUGUGGGCGUGAGCAGCACGGAGAUGACCCCGGGGAUAUCGAUUCCAAGCCUCGCUUCGAACUACCUCCACAAGCUCUCGCAAUUAUCUGCCGCGAGCGAAGCGUCGACACACCCUGCGGGUCUAACGUACAGCCUGUCCAAGCCCGGGGACACCCUGAAGAACAGCCACCUCUUCGCGCACAUAAUACGGUCGAAGUUCAAGCUUCCGGCGCAAGGCUCUUGUCCGAUCAUCAUGGUAUCAGCAGGCACAGGCAUCGCACCAUUCCGGGGCUUUAUCUCCGAACGAUCCCGGCUGCAUGCCAUGGGCAGGCCCGUGGGCGAUAUGGUGCUGUUCCACGGCUGUCGUCAUCCCGUGGAGGAUAAUAUCUACGAGCCGGAGCUUGAGGGGCUCCGGACGAGCCUGCAGGGUAGACUGCGCAUUAUCAGGGCAUUCUCGCGGCCUGUUGGCAGCAAGAAGGUUUACGUGCAGGAUAGGGUGCAGGAGGAGAGUGAUGAAGUUAGAAGGUUGUUGGCGGACGAUGCAUCCGUAUGUGUCUGUGGUUGGGUGAGCAUGGCACGGGAGGUCGAGAGGACGGUUACCGAAAUGUGGCGGAAAGAGAAGGACAUAGACAACAGUACAACGAAGGGGUGGAGCAAUAGGAUGAAGCGCAAUCGGAAGUGGCAGGAAGACGUGUGGGUUUGA